AUGCCUGCUGCAACAGCCGAAUCACCAGCGGUGGCGCUGUCCUUUGCGAACAACUUCUGGGGAAAGGAAGAUGCAGGAGUUGGGCCCCUUCUUGAGCGAAUGCAAAGCGCAAAGACGACAUGCGACGAGCUAAAGUCCUUCUAUGGCGCCCGUGCGUCCAUUGAAGAUGAAUAUGCUAGAAAGCUGCUUAACCUGUGCCGAAAAUCCCUGGGCUCUCACGAGAUGGGAACUUUGAAGACAUCAUUAGAUACACUCCGAGGCGAGGUGGAAUGCAUGGCAAAACAGCACCAGAGUAUUGCUGCCCAGAUGAAGUCCGAAUUGGAAGAGCCAUUGGCUGCAUUUGCCGGUGGCAUGAAGGAAAGGCGGAAGAUUGUCCAGAAUACAGUGGAAAAGCUUCUGAAAACCAAAAUCCAGCAGACACAACAAGUCAACAAGACCAGAGACAAGUAUGAGCAAGAAUGCCUGAAGAUCAAGGGCUACCUAGCCCAAGGACAUAUGGUGAUGGGGCAGGAAGAGCGUCGCAACAAGGCCAAAUUGGAGAAGACACAAAUCUCGUUGGCCACUGCAAACACAGAAUACGAAAGUGCUGUCAAAAUACUCGAAGAGACCACAGCUAGAUGGAACAGAGAGUGGAAGGCCGCAGCCGACAAGUUCCAGGACCUGGAAGAGGAGCGUCUUGACUUUACGAAGAGCAGCCUGUGGACCUUUGCCAAUGUUGCCUCGACUGUUUGCGUCAGCGAUGACGCCUCAUGCGAGAAGAUUAGGCUCUCCCUGGAGAACAUGGAAGUGGAAAGGGACAUUAUCCAUUUCAUCACAGAGAGAGGCACUGGUCAGGAAAUCCCUGAUCCGCCAAAAUAUAUCAACUUCUGUCGGGGGGAUAUAAACGACAGCCAGUCCGAAGUUUCUGAGGAUGAAAACUACUCCGUGGCGCAGUUUCCACGAAGCAUCAACCCUGCUUUCCGCUCUUCCUCACCUCAGCCAUCGACGUUCGAAUCCCACCAUGAUCCAAACUCCAUGCUGGCGAACAACUUGGCACACAGAGAGCCUCAGCAGUCAACUAGCCGUGAGGCAACCGUGACUCCUCAGAAGGCACACCCGCCAAUGCGAAACUCGAUGGAAGAGCAUCGUCGCGGCGGACAGCAAGUACCACCUCAGUAUGACGCGAAUCAGCACGGUCCCCUGGCCUCGGUUCCCCAUGACCCUUACCCCAUGGAUGGCAUGACAAUGUUAUGCCGCACUGGGCCUCCUGGUCCGCCUUCAGAUCGAAGUUCACAGCCACCGUCUGCUCGGCCGUCCAGCCGAGGAUCUCACAGCGAUUACUCCAUUCCCACAUCGAUGUCGAGCGUGGAACCUCCUAGUGGACAUGUCUCGCCUGUAAAACAAGAACCCAUCGAAACUCGCAGCCCGGAGAAGCGAGUUCUCAAGAAGAAGAGUGGUUUCUUCCAGAACCAUAGUCCAUUCCGCCGCAAGAGCACCAAGGAGGCGCAUCCUCCGUUGCAGAGCCGAAACACCUGGCAUGUUGGAAACAGCAGAGGAGAACUUGAGCGCACGGCAAGCCCUGAGCCUAUAGACGCCAAUGCAAGUCUAGCUCUAGGUGUUGGGCAGAAUGUCCUUCCAGUCACCACGCCUGAUACUCGCCGAAGGCCAGGGCAAGGCCGCGAACAAGAAGUCGAUCAGUCAGACCCCAUAGCAAUGGCCCUGGCAGAACUGAAAGACGUCAAUUUGGGCAAGCAGUCAUCAGUCAGGAUGUCUGCAGACCACUAUCAUGGCAUUGCUACUCCAGCUCCUGGAGCAGAUCCCAGAUCAGCCAGAUCUGGCGGCCGUGAAGCACCACCAUCAUAUAACAAUCAGGCUCCAGUCUCCAGACUCGGCGUCCCCCCUCCCGCGGUUACUUCUAGAGCCAUGAAGCAGGCCACCAAGAAGGUGACAGAACAGACAAGAGCUGUUUUUGGUGGUGCCGGUAACCAUGGGACGUCACCAGCAUCGCGACCUGCGACUCGUGGCAGCGACAUGCCUCGAGCUACCUCACCAGCGCCGACUCGAAGUGCAUCUCCCCAGCCUCGAAUGAGCGGCGAUUCACGUUAUCGUUCGGCGUCUCCAAACCCGUAUAGUGGACAUCACCGAAAUGGAUCGCAAGUCAGCGUGUCUCAGCAGCGAGGAUCAGACCAGGGGUACUACGGAUCAGCCUCUCCCCACGGAUCAACCAGGGGAUCAAUUCGGGGUGCUUCUCCAGCAUCGUACAGAGGAGACUAUAACCGGCCUCGCAGCAGCUAUGGGGGCGGUUCUGAUAUGGCAGUCCAACUGGCACCGGCUGGAGAUGAUCGUUACGGUUCUCAGAGAGGCCGUGGUGCCGUUGACCUCUACGACGGAGGAUCUCGACCCCGUAGUAAGAGUGUUGCUGACCCUUCUCGACAGUAUACUAGAGAUGGUAGACCAAUUCUGCAUUUUGCUCGUGCUCUGUAUAUGUACCAAGCCGCCAUUCCCGAGGAACUUGGCUUUUCAAAGGGAGACUACCUUGCGGUCCUUCGUCACCAAGACGAUGGCUGGUGGGAAGCUGAAGUUCACGGCGGCAACGGACGUGUUGGGCUGGUCCCCAGCAACUAUCUUCAGCCAUGCUAA